GGUUUACGGAAUAUUGAACGGUUCUUUUUAGUGCGUGUACAUCAGUGUCCAGCGGUGACUACAGUUACAAAAAUGAUUCAUUUCGUCCGUGGUCUAACAAUAAGUGCAAUUCUAACAGUUGCUUCCGGGGCAUUCACUGACCAUUCGAAAAAGAUCUGUAUCAACAAAUACAGCGUUACAUGUUUAAAAUUGGAAAUUGUGUCAUUCCUCGAACGAAUAUCGGAACAGUCGGAGUACAGUUUGAUGUCUGGAGUUAGUGUAGUGAAGGAUGCUGACGCAAAUGUCACAAAAACGGCGGAAAUCAUCGCCGAAGUUUCCAGAAUUUUCCCAAAAGAUCCCAACAAACGAUUGGAUGAGUUUUUAAUCGUCAAAUUGAAUAAUUAUUUGAAGAGUCACUCGUUACGAUUGAAAUUAAUGGACAGUGAAGCAAUGGAGAAGGCGCGAGCUCUCUUCGAAGGAAGAAAAGGAAAGCUGGGCAAGAAGGGCGGUUUGGAAACCAUGAUCGCUGCUGCGAUGAUGAUGAAGGGAACACUCGGGGCAAUCGCACUAGGUACCCUUGCUCUGAUAGCCGGUAAAGCGUUAAUGACAGGUCUUCUGGCGCUUACGUUGGCCACCAUUGUGGGACUAAAAUCACUAACAAGCGGCGGUGGUGGUAGUCACAAAUCAACAACGUACGAAAUAAUAGCGAAACCAAUGUACUCACAUGCAGAAACAGAAGAAAUCAGUCAUCCUCACACUGGGUUCAGCAGCGCCGGAUGGAAACGCUCGCAACGGAUCGAGAUGCCGGAAUAUUACGCCCAUGAGGAACACUAAAUCCUGCUACCAAUGGAAAAAGAAUGUAACCAUAACGGAAACUUUUAGCCUUUCGAAUAUCUCCUUUCUAGACAGGUCUCUCCUCUGCAAGCUUUACUUCUUUGCGCCUAGCAUCUAGUCUAUUGUAUUACUCUCUCGGAGAGAAAUGAAAGCUUUUCUCAUACUCCACAACCGUGGCCAGCCUGAUUACUUCGAUUCAAGCAAAGAGUAACCUUAUUUAUGCAUAUAUGUAAUGUGAUAGUAAUUUAGUAAUUUUUAUAGAUCUAGUAUAGGCAGUAUUGUUAGAGUUUGCUAUAUUUUAUGUUACAUUUUUUAAAAAAAUACCAUGUUGAGUAACUCACAUGAAUAUCAAAAAACGAUCUUUCUAUACCAAUAAAUAUUUCGUCAAUUAUGACUUGAAAUUUGUGUAUACAGUCCAUUAUUGUUCAAAGAACAUUAGUACUUGAUAUUA